CCCUGAGCUUGCGACGCCACUUCCGGGAGCAGCAAACCGAGAACAAGACCGAGCAAGCUGCGAGCUGACGGCAGUGCGGGGACUCGGAGGGGCCUGGGACCGGGACGGGGGUUUAGCCGGAAGGACUUACCCGUGUGGAGCCCUAGUGGCUGGCCGGCACCAUUUGUGCUUAACAGUACUGCUGCUUCUCCUGCGCAGUGCUAGAUGCUCGGUGGCCUUAUGGAACCAGAGAGCCCACCUUGGGUUGGUGUUUGGUCCUUUGGAAGACUCAGGCUGUACAUGCUCUUGCUCCUCUUUCAUUUUUUUGUGCCAUUUGCACUAAGUUCAGUGUGUCCUCCACCCCCAGAACCUGAGAAUGGGGGGUUCUUGUGUCAUCCACCACACUGUGAACAGCCUCUAACAUCUGGUAGUGUGAUUGAGUACUUCUGUGCAGAAGGCUACAUGCUGAAGGGUGACUACAAAUUCUUAACCUGCAAGAAUGGAGUGUGGAGCCCACCAAUGGGGAUCAGCUGCAGGCUUAAUCAAGAUACAAAUACUCAUUCCAGCCUUGGGGUACCAACACUCUCCAUAGUUGCCUCUACUGCCAGCUCUGUGGCCUUGAUCUUGCUACUUAUUGUUCUGUUUGUGCUGCUACAGCCCAAACUUAAGUCUUUCCACCACAGUAGACGUGAAGCAUGUGUGCCCGGAGAACCGGUCUCCAUUAUGGUUGAUGGCGUACAGGUUGCUCUGCCUUCCUACGAAGAAGCAGUGUAUGGUAGUGCAGGUAACUGCAUCCCAUCUGCCAGUUCUCGUGUACAGAUUGUGCUAUCAGAGGGGCCAAGUGAAGAACAGGAUAUUCAACAAGCAGUUUGCAGCUCCAGCACUACAGGCCGGAAUUUGACUGGCUCGGGCACUACAGGUCACAGCCAUGGGCAUGCCAGUCAGAGCUCUGCUGGCUGUUCACAGCACUCAGAAACUGUGCUAGUCCACCAGGCUUCUUCUUCUCAAUGGGUGCUUGGGGCAGAAAGUCAGACUCUAUCAAGGGAAGGUGCAGACUCAGAGAGCAGUGAUGUGCAGAGCCUGCUGUCCCUGUCCUCUGAAGAAUAUACUGAUGAUAUUCCUCUUCUCAAAGAAGCCUGAUAACCAUAGACUCCUUGAAACACCCUGCAGGAUUUCCUCAUCGUCCUGUUCUGCACUCCUAUUUCAGCAGUUGUUCCUGACAGUGUGCCUCUCUGUCUUCUCUCCAGCCUUCAUUAAGGGCAGACAAUCUGAGCUCCAAGGGAAGUGCACUGUGGAGCCAACAGUUUGAGGGCUGCUUGCAGAGGUGUAAAACCCUUAUGUGUGUGUCAUUGUAGACUAUAUAAAGAUGUAAAUGUCAAAACUCCUAAUGAGGCAGGCUGAAUCUAAUGUUGCCUGGCACUUAUCCCUUAUAAAUUGUUGCUUUUGGCUGGCCCAGCACAUCAGUAGUUCAGCUCCUGUACAGGUAUCAUUCUCUUUCAGUACACAGGCUGUACCUGUGAGCAACAUUUUUUUCUUGACCUUUAGCAGUUGUCCGCUUUCUCCGUUGCUUUUUUCCUAUUCAAAUCAACUAUUUUCUUCCAUUACACUCUAAGAAUGAGGGCUCACCAUUAUUGUCCUUAGCAUGCAUCUUUCCACAACUCUUGAGGUUUUUUUUUUCCUCAUUGCAUGUUGGCAUUCUGAGCUUGCUGAAGUUAUACACCAUGUUUUUUGCUUCUUGGUAAAUAAGGCAAAAUCAUUUACAUAGCGGCUAAGGGGUAUGUUGUAAUGCUCCAUGGAUCUUGAUUCACUAAGCCAUUCGCCUUUUUUUGUAAAACUUCUACAAAGAAUUAGAGACUUUACAGAAUUAACAUCAUACUCUGAGUUCUUUAGUUGCCCGGAAAUUUUGCUUCAAAUUGACUCUGUGAAAUGCAGAGUAAGUGCAUGGAUUUCUAUACUCUUGGGGAAACUGUAACACACCCAGUCUCCUGAUGCUGCUAAUAGAAACUUGAAAAUCUCAUGGAAGGAAAAGGCAGUCUCUUUCCAGUACUAGGUGUGAAGUGGAAUGCAAAUGCUUAUGAAUGCUUUAUAUGACUGAGUAUUUAUAAAUCUCUGUAUAUGAGCCUGUAGAAAACUGUGGUCUGCAUUUCCAGCCCUUUUCCCUGGUAACUGUGUACCAGGAAAGACCCUGUAAUCUAAUUACUUAUUCUGAAUGAUGUCCUCUGAAAGACAUGGGAAGUGCAGGUGGGGGUGAUGCCUAGCAUAAGGGAGAAGGACAGGGCCAUGACCUGACAAGAAUAGAAUUAUUGACCAAAUCCAUCAGGAGAGGUGCAGGGCCUGCUAGGAGAAAUUCAGGGAAGAAGUGCAGGGCCUGACAGGAGAGAAAACAGAUGCAUGCAGUGCAUAGGAAAGGGUCAGUGCACUCCAAACAGGUAUUUGGAAGUAGAACAUAACUACCAAGAAGUUUUGAGGUGAGGCAUGGGGCCUGCUACAAAAGGGACUAGGCAGGAAAAUGGUAGGGCACCCCAGGAGAGGACUAGUAAAAACUAGAGGUGCCAUGACUGUCAGGAGAGAAACCGAGCCUGCCAAGAGUGGAAAUAGGUAGAAGAGCAAGGUUCACCAGGAAAGAUCAAGAAGAUCCUUGGAGAGGGCCCAGGCUGAGUUGCAGGGCUACUAAGAAUGGGAUGGAGUUAAGGUUUCAUGAAAGUAGAAAAAGAUAAUGGUAUGUCCCCUGAGCAGCAGUAUAUGCCGGAGAGAAAGAAGGAGCAGACACUUGAUGGGCUGGAAAUGCAAGAUCUACAGAUCUAAAAGGGAGUGUGAGAUAUGGAAAGGGAGGAGUAAUGGAGAAAAUAGGAUUUUUAUGCCACUGUGUGUAUAUUAGAAGAUAUUUUCUUUUAUAGUAGAGGAUGUUAGUAUAUAAGCCAAUAAAUUGGAAACAGAAACAGAUUUGCCUUAGAAAAUCACAGAGAAGGUAUGUGUGUUAUACCUAUUAAUGGAGUGCAAAGCAAGUGUUUGGGAUAUAUAGGCUCAUUAUCCAAUCAAAAGUGAGUAGGAAAGCUUGCAAUGUACUCCAUUACAGUUGGCCGUUAAACGUAAUGUUUCUUCUCAUUCUCUUAAGUUUGCUCCUGUCCUGUAUCCCUUAAAACUGAAGCAUCUGCAAUCCCGUUAUCAACACACAUGUGAAUAGUGUGUUUGGCAUAUUCCUGUAUGUAUGACUGUAGUUAUGCACAGACUGUUCUACAUAAGCAACAGCUUAAACUUAAGGCUUAUUUAUUAAUUUAAGUGCAAUGUACUAAAAUGUGAAUAAAAUCUUGCAUGCUUUACAUCUUACCAAAGGCAGUUGCACCCAUACAUGUGCCUCGUGCUUAGGCCAGUAAGCCAGUUCAGAAAUGAAUUGCACUCAAGGUGCAAAGUACAGGGUGCAUGGCUAUAGGGGAGACCUGGAAUUAAUACCGUCAUUGAGGUUCCAGGGUUCCUUUAAUGUGCUGCAUCUACACACGGAACUGAAUCCCGUGCCAUGUCCAUUGGAGCAGCGGAAGGGAAGGCAUUUACUUUAAGAAAAAGCUGUGCAAUAACUUAUGCACAAUGUACCAAAGCCAAUUCUAAUUUGCACCGUAAAAACCGCAGGCAAGUUGUGGAGUAUGCUAUGGAGCGGGUAAAAAAGAUGCUCUGCUCUUUUGUGCAUUGCACUUGUUUUCAUAAAUGAGCCUUAAUAUGUAUAAAGGGUGCAGGUGACUAUUUGUUAGAUUCACUUUCCUUUGCACUCUCGCUUCACCUGUUAAAGGCCCCAGAUUCUGAUGUGCAAUAUUUUCAUUAGCAUUAUAUGAGGCUGUCUGCCUGAACUGUGUCGCUGCUCACUGAUUUGUACGUGUAAAUACCUGUUUGCAGGAUCUCUAACAGAGGCUUUUGCUUUCUUUUGUGAUUUUAUUUUGUUCUUUCCUCAACCCCUCCCUCUUGUGUAUUUGGGGGAAGUGAAUUUAAAUCCCUUACCCAGAGGUAUCUGGCUUGUACGAGCUGUACACACACGCUUGUGAUAUCCCAGGACAUACAGCCCUGUGGCGAGCUGCCUGUUACCUGACUGUAACAUUGAGCAUUGCAGGCUGCACAUGACCUAUAGUGCACGCUGCAUGCUGUGUGCCUGUCUGUGUGGCUGGAAUUCCCUACAGUGUCAGAGCAAUGGCCCUAAGUAAAUCACACCCUGGCAUUGCUGUGGGGCUGAUCAUAGUAUUUUAAUAUUUGUACAAAGUAAUUUAAUUGUAAUUGUUCUAUGUAUAUAACUGCAUUUCUAAAUAAGAAUAAUUAAAUCUUUUUUUGAAGUGACAA